AUGCGUCUCACACAAGAUGUCAUCGCCACUGCGCGAACUUACUACAAUCCCUUGAAACAGUACUCGUUGGAUCUACGAGGACUUAAAAUCGGUAUAAUGGAGAAUCUUGGAGCUGCAAAUGACCAAUUUGAUAUGAUCGAUUUGUCCGACAACUCGAUUGCGGUGGUUGAGAACAUCCCCAAGUUCAACCGACUGGAAAUGCUCAUUCUGUGCAACAAUCUGAUCAAUCGUAUUUCAAGUAACCUAGGAGCCAAUGUACCGAAUUGCCGUGAGCUUGUUUUUGAAGAAAUUGAGCAUCUGAAGGAUUGGAUAAAUCUCAGUAUUCUAUCACCUAUAGCAAAUUUGUCUUUGAUUGAUAAUCCGAUUGAGUCGGAGCCCAACUUCCGUGCUCGCGUUGUAAAGCUUCUCCCUCAGCUUACGGUGCUCAAUUUCAAAAAGGUGAGUCAAAAGGAUCGGGAAGAAGCGGCGAAUCUCUAA